CCACCCGACUACUUUGUUCCCAAUCUUUGCGUUUGAACAUGGAAAGAACAGCGGAGCAGCCAAACCAAGAUGCGGAGCGCAACAUGUUGAGCGAUCAGGAAUCAAUCGUUACCUCAGAGGUCCGACGGGAAGUCGUUUUGGCGAAUGUCAAGAAAUCCCCAAGGAGAUGGGAUGCCCUUGAAGAGCGGAUCGGCCGUAUGCCUCAACCUCCAGCCGCCAUCUUAAUUCAGGAACCGCCACCCGGCUAUGCGUUCAAGCGAUUUCACGGCUACGAACGAUCCUGGACAAUUGGCGGCGACCACGCAAACUGUGAUGAUGAUGCCGAUGAUGAUGAUAACAAUGAUGAUGAUGAUGAUGAUGAUGAUGAUGAUGAUGCACCUGCCAGCAUGGUCAAAAUUCCAACCGGAAAUCCUCUUGCCGCAAACUCUCCAACGUCGACGUCGAACUCUCCCAAUGGCGGUGGUUCGGGGAAUCCAAAGGUGGAAGCUCCGCCAGCAGCCAACCGUAAACGUCUGGGUGGCAUUGCUUUUCCGAUCCAUCGUUCUGUCCCCUCAUGGCGUGUCGUAGAGGCGGUCGUAUAG